AUGGGUCGCUCCAAACAUACCUUUGAUGCAGAUGAUGCCACACUUGUGGACACAUCAAGCACAUAUCAGACCUCAAUGGCCCAGUCAAGCGCGUUGCAACAUACUAUUCCUCCAAAUCAAAGCAGCCCUGCUCGGCUUUAUCAUAUUUACAACAGUCUUUGGCGCCAUGAUUACAACGUAUCUACAGGCGACAAGGCUCCGCUAUACCACGUGAACAACUCCUCGCUUACACCCAAGAAGCCUGAUCUGACCAUUCAUGCCGGCACAAGCAUAUCGGCGCCUGUUGUGGCUGUUUGCAAAUUUCUGCAUUUCUCAAGGCACUUUAAAGUCGGUCUCGGAGAUCCACAAUCACCCAAUUCAGUCACCUGGGAAGAUCUUGUGUGUCUCAGCUUCGUUCAUGUAAGAUAUCGCUUCCAGAUGACAGUCGAUACUGGGAAUGGGAUUGAGCGGCGGCCAUUCGUAUGGAAGCACACAUAUUCUGUGGGAGUUGGGGACACUAAGCCUUCUCUGCUCACUUGGCGCAACUUCAAGCUUGUCGAUGAGGCGACUGAUCAGCUCAUUGCUGUCUUCACGAGCAAUUCGUGGGGAUACAAAAAGUCCGGAAAGCUUGAGCUUCACGCCAACUUUGGCCAGGAGUUCGAUUUGAUGGUCAUCAUAACCGGUCUUGCAUUGUAUGAGAGGCAGCGACGACAAAGGGCCUCGUCUUCAGGAGGAGGUGGUGGCGGCGGCGGUUAA